CCCGGACUUGCCUAAACCCCACACAGCGGAGAGGACGCCUGAAGAAAACCCUCGCCCGCGAUGUCCGGCGAUCGCCGCGGCGGCGGGCCUCCCGGCAACGGCGACAGCUCCGGGGGAGGUUGGGAGACUAUUGGGAAGAAGAAGAAACCAGGGCAAGCAGCUGGGAGGGGACAAUGGGCACCAUGGAAUUCAUCCUCAAAUGCUCCACCUUCUACAGCACGACAACCUUGGAAUGGCAAUGGAUCUUCGCGUCCUUCAGGAAAUAGUUGGGCUCAACCUUCUGAUCGUAGACCUUUUCAAGCACCAAACCCAGUUGUGACUCCACCUCUGACUAAUGGUUGGCAGUGGGCAUCCAGGGCCCGCCCAUCUGGUUCUGAAAGCAGCAAGGAUGAUGUUGCUUCAUCUGGUUUUGACCCUGAGAAGGAUGAUCCUGAAGUUGAGGAUUCAUCAGAUGAUGACGGCGAUGAUGAUGAUGAUGAUGAUAUGAGUGAUGACUAUGAUUCUGAUGCCAGUGAGAAGAGUUUUGAGACUCGAAAAAUGAACAAGUGGUUCAAAGGUUUUUUUGAAGUCAUCGAUUCCUUAACUUUGGACCAGGUACAUGAGCAUACUAGGCAGUGGCAUUGUCCGGCGUGCAAAAAUGGACCUGGGGCAAUUGACUGGUUCAAAGGGCUGCCAUCUUUGGUGACACAUGCUAGAACAAAGGGUUCUAAGAGGGUUAAGCUCCACAGGGAAUUGGCUGCAUUGCUGGAAGAGGACAUGCUUCGCAGGGGAUCUUCAGUGGUACCAUCUGGCGAACAAUUUGGGAAAUGGAAAGGAUUGCGAGAAAGCACUGACCGUGAGAUAGUAUGGCCACCAAUGGUGAUUGUAAUGAACACCUUACUGGAAAAAGAUGACGAUGAUAAGUGGUUAGGCAUGGGCAACCAAGAGCUUCUUGAAUAUUUCAGUGAUUAUGCUGCAAACAAAGCACGUCAUGCUUACGGUCCAGGCGGGCACCGUGGCAUGAGUGUGCUAAUAUUUGAAAGCUCUGCCGUGGGCUAUAUGGAGGCUGAACGUCUGCAUAAGCACUUUGUUGACCAAAGAACAGACAGGGACACCUGGCAAAAUCGCAGGGUUCCUUUCUUACCUGGUGGGAAGAGGCAGUUAUAUGGUUUCUUAGCCAGAAAGGAAGACAUGGAGACGUUUAAUAGACACUGCCAAGGGAAAAGCCGCCUGAAAUAUGAGAUGAGAUCUCAUAAUGAGAUGGUAGUCGCUCAGAUGAAACAAAUGAGCGAGGACAACCAACAGCUCAACUAUCUGAAGAACAAGGUGGUCAAGACAGAGAAGCGCUCGAAAGUUGUAGAAGAAACCCUUGAAGCUGUUACUCAAAAACUUCGUGAGACGAUGGAAGAAAAUAUCUUUGUAAGGCGUAAAGCUAAAGAGAAGCACUCUGAGUACGAGGAAGAGAUGAAAUCCCAGGAGACAUUCUUCCACGACCAGAUAGAAAACAUUCACCAGGCCACAGAAGAUAAGGUGAGUGAGUUUGAGAGGUUGCUGCAGGAGGAGCGUGCGAAGGCUAGACAGUGUGAUGUUGAUUCUGGGACUUCGGAAAAUCGCAGGCUAAGGAAGGAACAGGUACAGCGUUUCAUAGACUGCCAGGUUAAGGACGUGCAGGAGUUCGAAUCUGAAACAGAUCAACUGAUAAAAGCCCACGAGGAGAAGAAGGUGCAGCUGAAGAAAGAGUACAUGGCAAAGGAGUUGGAGCUCGAGAAGGAGUUUGAUGCCGCUCUCACAAGCCUGAUGGAGAAACACAAGCCAGACACCUUCCAGGCCUCCAGCUCCUGAAGGUCGCUGAACAUUUGCAGCUCAGAGCAAUACCUGAGAUUUGCCUUGGUUGCAACGACAUCUAGAUGUCCAAGAACACCAUAUCCGGUGCAUGAUUAGGACCUGAACCUGACCGAACAUGCAUGGGUGUUAUAUGGUCAUGCUGAAGAAACCUGAACCUCUAGGAGUAUUAAGUAUCAGUACCAUGUGCGUGCUACCCAUCUAAUGAUCGCCUGCUUCGCCUUGGCUUGGGGUAUAGCAAGCAUCGGAUGGUAGUCCGUUCUAGAACAUGUCCUAAUUACCAUGUCAUCAUGCUCGACUCUAGAAUUGCAAUAGAACUUAUCUGAAUUGUGACGUCAA